GAGCGGAACGCGGUGGAGUUGAUGGGCUAUAAGCCCACCCCAUAAAAACCCACUGUGUGGCGGCUUGAACUACUGUUUAAGACAUCCCGCAUAUUUGUCACUCAUCAGUGACCAUUUGCUUUUCUCGAAAUUUGGCUAGGGUAGGCUACAGAAGAACAACAAUAAAAUUUUCUAUGAAGGCGACCACACAGACAGGACAGAUUGCACUAAACCAAAACCAGUAGUUAUGUUAUUUCAGUUACCGUGAUGAUCACAUUUUUCUUCAUUCCGCCUUUUGAAACGAAAAUCUUCCUGGAUUCACAUUUUAAACAGUAGGCUAAGUAUAGCAAAUUAUCCAAACGGUUCUGCGGUAGGCUACGUGUUGCUUUAGCUUAGAAAGGAAUUCCUGCAGGUGCACAAAGCGAACGAUAUAACGCUGAAAUCGAAUGGAUUUUAUUUGCACUGGCUGCAAGAACUUUAAAUCAGUAAAAUACAAAAUGCGAAAAUGUGCUAUAAGCCUCUUGUUUAACAGAAAAUUUUAAUUCCCCUCAUUUAAGGAAAAAGAUCACAACCAGUCGUUCGCUGCGUUCUUAAACCUGUCUCUUCUACUGGUUUUAAGCUGUGUGAGAAUCCUGGGACUUUGUGAUGUCAGACUAGCUUCGUUGGGUCAUUUGAAGGUUAGCAGCCUCGGAAGGGUUCAUGGAAAGUUCACUCGCAUAUAUUAGGCAAUUCAAUCUUUCAUUCCCUGUGACAAAACUAGUAGGAAGUGAGCUGUAUGGAAGCAGGAUAACCCAUUCGUCAUUACAGGGGAGAUAUAGCUGUAAAUCGUGAAGUGCGAUAUUUUAAAAUACAUAUUUUAAUCCGACGCGCUUGGUCGAGGAUAACAUCUUUGUUGUUGUUAACCGCACAGGACGAACCGUGUGGAAUAUUUCAAGAUAAAUCCGCUGGGUGAUAACUGUGAGGAAAUCGUGGACACCCCUUUCGCUGUUGAAUCUGGACUGCCUGGAAAAUGGUAAAUGAUCAUUUGGAUCAAUUACAAGCUUUUAGCUGUGUUGUCGGUCAUAAUUCAUGAUUCGAGACUGGGAAAAAGACCAAGAUUUUUCGUGCCAAAAAGGGGGCAGAGUUAGAUGGAGUUGGGUCUACUUUUACAUGUGAUUUUCCUCCACACCUAAAAGAAAAAGACACUUUUUUCAGACUCUUGCAAAGAAACAUCAUGUUUGAUUGUAUGGAUGUUCUAGCUGUGAGCCCUGGACAAAUGCUGGAUUUCUACACUUCGAGUCCUUCGUGCAUGCUCCAGGAAAAAGCUCUAAAGGCAUGCUUCAAUGGACUAACGCAAACAGACUGGCAGCAUCGGCGGAGCGCACAGUCAGCUAUUGAAACACAGAGCAGCAGUUCUGAAGAGCUGGUUCCCAGCCCCCCGUCUCCACUGCCUCCGCCUAGGAUCUACAAGCCCUGCUUUGUGUGCCAGGACAAGUCCUCGGGGUACCACUAUGGCGUUAGUGCAUGCGAAGGCUGUAAGGGGUUCUUCCGCCGGAGCAUUCAGAAGAACAUGGUGUACACGUGUCACAGGGACAAGAACUGCAUCAUCAACAAGGUCACGCGGAACCGCUGUCAGUACUGCCGGCUCCAGAAGUGCUUCGCCGUGGGAAUGUCCAAAGAGUCCGUUCGCAAUGACCGAAACAAGAAGAAGAAAGAAGUUCCCAAACCGGAGUUCACAGAGAGCUACGAGCUGACUGCUGAGCUGGAGCUUAUCAUCGAGAAGAUCCGCAGAGCACACCAGGAGACCUUCCCUUCCCUGUGCCAGCUCGGCAAGUACACCACGAACUCCAGCGCGGACCACCGCGUGCGACUGGACCUCGGCUUGUGGGACAAAUUCAGCGAGCUGGCCACCAAGUGCAUUAUCAAAAUAGUGGAGUUUGCUAAACGAGUGCCUGGCUUCACAGGGUUGACCAUCGCCGACCAAAUCACGCUCCUCAAGGCUGCCUGUUUGGACAUUCUGAUUCUGCGGAUUUGCACGAGGUACACCCCUGACCAGGACACCAUGACCUUCUCAGACGGGCUGACGCUGAACCGCACGCAGAUGCACAACGCCGGCUUCGGACCGCUCACCGACCUGGUCUUCACCUUCGCCAAUCAGCUCCUGCCGCUGGAGAUGGACGACACGGAGAGCGGCCUGCUCAGCGCCAUCUGCCUCAUUUCCGGAGAUCGGCAGGACCUGGAGGAGGCCUCUAAGGUGGACAAGCUGCAGGAGCCGCUGCUGGAGGCGCUGAAGAUCUACAUACGUAAACGCCGGCCCAGCAAGCCGCACAUGUUCCCCAAAAUCCUCAUGAAGAUCACAGACCUGCGCAGCAUCAGCGCUAAAGGCGCGGAGCGCGUCAUCACGCUGAAGCUGGAGAUCCCGGGGUCCAUGCCGCCGCUCAUCCAGGAGAUGCUGGAGAACUCGGAGGGGCAGGACGGGCAGGAGGGGCGGGAGGGGCAGGCGAGCGAGGAGGGCAGCCCCCAGCAGCCCAGCAGCAGCAGCAGCAGCAGCAGCGCCAGCACCAGCGCCCCCAAGCCCUCGCCCUCCUCCCCGGAGCCCGCAGACAACCCCGCCCCGCCCUCCCAGGAGCCGUAGUCCCGCCCCCCCGCACAACCCAGACAUUCCUUUGCACAAUACAGGGGGGAGGGCGAGGCAGCGAGCGCGCUCCCUGAGGCUGCUUCCUGGCUUUUUUCUCUCUCUCUCACUCUCUCUCUAUUUCUCUCUCUCUUUUUUAAUGACACUAAGGCCUAAAAGGACCAGUGCUUUGUGUAUAACUAUUAUUGAGCUCUUAAUGUUUCCGUCUCCAGCUGGGGGGGGGGCUUGCGCCCGUAAUAAAUCCGGGUGCCCCCCCCCCCCAGUCGUACGCCUACACGAAGCUGAAGUUCUUCAGGUCUCCAUUGUGUAAAUUUCUACAUGCAUGAUGGGCUGAGCUUGGCAAGUUGUUCAAUCCCCUCUCAUCAGCAUACAUUGUACAUACCAUUGUAUGGUUAAACUUCUGUUUCUAUGA